AUGGCGGUGGACGAGGACGCCCGCUGGCUGGAGUGGGUCACCAAGCAGUUUGAGAGCAUCGCUGGAGACGACAAGGAGAUCGACCUGGACGAGUUCAAGACGGCCCUGAAGGUCAAAGAGUCCUUCUUCGCUGAGCGCUUCUUCGCCCUGUUCGACUCGGACGGCAGCAGCUCCAUCAGCCUGGAGGAGCUGCUGGAGGCUCUGGAGCUGCUGAUCCACGGCAGCGAGACGGACAAGCUGCACUUCCUGUUCCAGGUCUACGACGUGGACGGCAGCGGCUCCAUCGACCCGGACGAGCUGCGCACGGUGCUGAAGUCGUGCCUGCGGGAGAGCGCCAUCUCCCUGCCGGAGGAGAAGCUGGACGACCUGACGCUGGCGCUGUUCGAGUCGGCCGACAGGGACCGGAGCGGAGCCAUCACCUUCGAGGAGCUGAAGGCCGAGCUGGAGACGUUCCCCGAGGUGAUGGAGAACCUCACCAUCAGCGCUGCUAACUGGCUGAAGCCCCCGGAGGUGGAGCAGCGGCGGCGCCGGACGCCGCGGUACCUGACCCGGGCCUACUGGCACAACAACAGCCGGAAGCUGCUGUUCCUGGUUCUGUACGCGCUGCUCAGCCUGCUGCUGUUCCUCGGCGCCGUGCUGCAGAACCGCCGCGGCGGCGCCUGGUUCAUGGUGGCCAAGGGCUGCGGACAGUGUCUCAACUUCAACUGCACCUUCGUCAUGGUGCUGAUGCUGCGCCGCUGCCUCACCUGGCUCAGAGCCACCUGGGUGGUCCGGGUUCUCCCUCUGGACCAGAACAUCCUGCUGCACCAGAUCGUGGGUUACUGCAUCCUGUGCUUCACGCUCGUGCACACCACCGCGCACGUCUUCAACUUCGCCCGCCUGGCCCAGCGCGGCCCCUUCACCCUGCUGGAGUACCUGCUGACCACCCGGCCCGGCGUGGGCUGGGUCGGCGGCACGGCGUCGCUCACCGGGGUCGUCCUGCAGGCCGCCAUCUGCCUCAUGGUGCUCUGCUCCUCCACCUUCGUCCGGCGCAGCGGACACUUCGAGGUCUUCUACUGGUCCCACCUGUCCUACGUCUGGGUCUGGGCCCUGCUCAUGGUCCACUGUGAGAACUUCUGGAAGUGGUUCGUGGUCCCGGGUCUGGUCUUCCUGCUGGAGAAGAUCGUGGGCGUGGCCGUGUCCCGGAUGGGCGGGCUCUACAUCGUGGAGGUCAACCUGCUGCCGUCCAAGGUCACCCACCUGGUGAUCCGGCGGCCUCAGUUCUUCCACUUCAAGCCGGGGGACUACGUCUACAUCAACAUCCCCGCCAUCGCCAAGUACGAGUGGCACCCGUUCACCAUCAGCAGCGCGCCGGAGCAGCCGGACAGCCUGUGGCUCCACGUGCGCUCCAUGGGUCAGUGGACCAACCGGCUCUACGAGUACUUCAGACAGCUGGAGGGCCCAGCAGGGGGCCCAGCAGGGGCCCAGCAGGGGGUCCCCAGAAGGCUGGCCUCCAGUCUGAGGACCCGCCGCCAGCUGCUCAGGGUGCAGAAUGAGCUCUUUAGCUCCGCCCACUCUGAUGGAGGCGUGGCGUCCAAUGAGGACGAGGCGGUGGAACUCACCAUGUUCCGGCAGAACGGUUCUCCUGCUGUGGCCCCGCCCCCACCAUCCCCAGAUCCGCCUCCAGAUGGGGCGGGGCUGGCGGAGCGAGGCGAGGCUCCGCCCCUCAGAGAGAUUUCUGCCAAGUUUGCUGAAAACCACAGAUUCUGCAACAUCAAGUGCUAUGUGGACGGGCCGUACGGGACGCCCACUCGUCAGAUCUUCGCUUCUGAACACGCCGUUCUGAUCGGAGCAGGAAUCGGAAUCACGCCGUUCGCCUCCAUCCUGCAGAGCAUCAUGUACCGGUACCGCAUGAGGAAGCAGAACUGUCCUAAGUGCAGCUACUCCUGGUGUGAGAACAUUAAGGACAGCGAGAUGAAGCUGCGUAAAGUGGACUUCAUCUGGAUCAACAGAGACCAGAAGUCCUUCGAGUGGUUUGUGAGCCUGCUGACCAAACUGGAGAUGGACCAGGCCGACGAGGAGCCUGAGGGCCGCUUCCUGGAGAUGCACAUGUACAUGACCUCCGCUCUCAGUAAGAACGACAUGAAGGCCAUCGGCCUGCAGAUGGCGCUGGACCUGCUGGCCAAGAAGGAGAAGAGGGACUCAAUCACUGGUCUGAGGACCAGAACCCAGCCUGGACGCCCUGAGUGGGGAAAGGUGUUCCAGAAGGUGUUUGAGGAGAACAAAGGGAAGGUCCACGUGUUUUACUGCGGUUCUCCAGCUUUGGCCAAAGUCAUCAAAGCUCAGUGUGAACACUUCGGCUUCAACUUCUACAAGGAGAACUUCUGAGGGCGUGUGUGUGUGUGUGUGUGUGUGUG